AUGCAGGGGUUCCGAGAGGCUACCGCCACGCGUUUAUUUCGAGUGAUUCGGACUCGAGAGAAGUUUGAGAGUCGACAGACUCUUCAUGGCUGGAAUCCCACGCAUCAAGAGUUGAGAGGACUUACUCGGCGUAAUUCAGACGGCGUGAGCCCUUCAGAAAUCACCGGGCACUUCUUCCGGAAUGGCAACAAGGCUCACCAGUGGACCGCCACUAGUCUCAACUCGACAACACGCGACGGGUCUUUGAAGAAAAUAUCUGAUCAAGACCAGUGUAUAGUUACAUUCUUCAUUUUCUGGAGCCUCGUGCUCGCCUUGAGGCUGUACGACCCCGAAAGAGAUCAGCCGCUCGUCAAAAACAUCACGAUUUCGCUAGAAGCACUUCGCACAGCCCCCCCAUUGCGGCUGCACAGGUUGCACAAAGACUGCAUGCAUCUUACUCCAGGCACCCCCAAAAUAUCAAACAAGUACGGUUGCUGUACCUGCGAGAAAUAG